GAAUGCGUGAAUCGUAUGACAACUCAGCAAACGGUGUAAACAAACAGACAAACAGUCAGUGAAACACAUUGAAACACCAUUUGGACACUAAUUGGCGCAAUGAUUGCCGACACAUCUGUGGCCAGACAGUCCACUCAGCAGUGGGAGGAGUUGAGACGAGAGGCCAGACAUUACGAGAAUGAGUUGGACUCAAAGCUCUUGAGUUUCAGUAAACUUGUCUCCAAAGACAUCACCAGAGAUGACGAGAGCAGUGAAUCGGUGCCACUGAUGGACGACUCGAGGGAUGGCUUCGAGCGCCUGAACUGCGAGAUCGAUAGCCUUCUUCGGGCCCUAACGGACGUGAACAACCAAAUGAGUCAAUACUGCGAACGCAUACAGAAUGCCAGCGCAACCAUCUAUACUCUGCAGAGACAUCGGGAGAUACUCCACGACUACAGCAAUGAGUUCAACAAAACCCGCAAUAAUAUUGAGGCGAAACUCAAUAGAGAACUACUGUUGGGUCCGCACAAGAAGGACACCGGCUUCCGGACGACCACUAACAAGAAGAACGACUCACUCCUGAAAGAGAGUCAACACAUCCGGAGUUCUGAGAUUAUGAUCGACGAGCAGAUCAACGUUGCCAUCAACACGAGACAGCAUCUCAUAAACCAGAGGAAUACCUUCAAAAGCAUUCAGACACAUAUGACAACACUGGCCAUGCAUCGAAUCAACAUUAAGAAGAAAAAGGAUUCAAUAAUCUUAGGGAUUGUGAUCGCGAUUUCCAUUAACUAUCGAUAA